AUGGCGAGCGUCAUCGCGCGCGCGUCGCCGCCGGCGUUCACGCGCGGCGCGACUUCCGCCGCGUCGUCGCGACGCGAGGAGGAGGCGACCUCGCGCGCGACGCCGUCCGCGGCGCGUCCGCGUCGUCGUCCCGCGGCGACGGUCGCGACGAGGGCGUCGUCGUCGUCGUCGUCGUCGUCUUCCGACGAUCGCGGUGCCGACACCCCGCCGUCGUCGUCGCCGCCGCCGUUCAUCCACCGCGCGGGGUCCGCGCUCGUCGCCGCGACGCUGUCGAUCGCGCUCGCGUCCGCCCCCGCCGCGCGCGCGGGCGUGUUCGACGUCGUCGCGAGGGAGGACAAGGACCCGAUCGAGCCCUUCAGCCUAUUCGGCACCGUGUACAAAAAGUACGUCGUCGAGGUCUUCGACGAGAGCGGUCGGCAGAUCAUCGGACGGAAGAAAGGGUUCACCGCGGAGGCGUGCGUGGACGUCGUCUCCGAGAGGAUGCAGCGGUUUCGAGUGCCCGGCGAGGGCGGGAGCAUCGCCCCGGGCGGGCCCACGAGCGCGGCCGCCGCCGCCGCGGGCGGCGGCGGCGGCGGCGGCGGCGGCGGCGGCGGCGGCGGCGGCGGCGGCGGCGGCGGCGGCGGCGGCGCGAGCGAUCCGGUCGCUCGAGGACGGUUUUGCGAGACGAGGGAAGUGAUGGGGAAGGUCGAGAAGACCGAUGACAUGCUCCCGGCGUGCCUCCCGGCGUGCCGAAGCGCGUGUUUCAAGGCUGUGGACAAGUACGAGAGAGACAUGCGGAAGAACACCGGGUUGGGGUUCAGCGAGAAGGACGAAGUGCGCGUGAAAGGGACGUGCGCGGCGCGGUGCGCGAAGGAGUGCCAAAAGAGCGGCAAAGCGUACGAUUUCAUCAUCCCUUUCCGUUUGUGA